AUGAGCGCGAUCUACCCGCUGGCGUUGCCCAAGGGCCGAAAACUGCGCUGCGAGCUGUGCGAGGCCCCCGCAGAGCGGGUCUGUCGGGGCUGCAUGGUCACCUACUACUGUGACGUAGAACAUCAACAAGUUGACUGGGUCAGCGUUCACGAGACCAUCUGCCAACUCCUGAUUCCUCUGCGUACUUCUUUACCCUUUUUUAAUUCAGAAGAGGAAAGAAAACAUGGAAUGGAGCAGCUGAGCCUUCGACAGAAGCAUCUGAUCGAGGUGACUCGCAAACUGGCCCAGAAGUUCCUCUUCGAAAGAAAAUACGAGGAAUCCCUCCCCGCCGCGUUGCAUUCCCUGCGUUUCAGCAUUAAUGUCUACGGCCUGAAUUCCAUCGAAUUGGUGCCGGCCUACCUCCUUUUAGCUGAGGCAAACAUCGGCCUUAGUCGUAUUAUCCAGGCGGAAGAAUUCCUCUCACAGGCCCAGUGGACUCUUCUUAAGUCGCCUGAAUGCAGUGAUGCCACCCUGUCGAAAUUACACCGAAAUUUCGGAUUCCUCAAUGUCGCCAAAGGAAAUGAUGACGAGUCCCUCUACCAUUUCGCUAACGACAUUUACUAUGCUAGCUGUGCGUAUGGAAUGGAAAACAUCAAUACAGCCGGGGAAUAUUUCCACAUGGCUAACGUUUUCCGUCGCCAGAACAAGAUGGAUGUGGCCGACUCUCUGUACGCUAAGGUGAUUGAGAUUUGGCGAGAACACCUGGGGAACUUAAUUGAACUCCAGUUGGAGUCCCUCAAGAUUCCACACGAUAUAUUGGAAAAGGAAAUGGAGCCGGAUGAAGGUUAUCUGGAUGAGACCCAAGAGACGGAAGCGGUGCAGGUUUUGACGGCGAUCUUGGACGUCAGGGUGCGAGCCGCCAAGCAGCAGCCUUUGAAGACGGCCCACGUCCUGCACGCCCUGGCCAUGCUCCAUUACCUCAUGGUGGAUUUACCAAAGGCUCAAGAAUUUGCCACACAAGCCUCUCUUCUCACCGAACAGCUGGGCAAUCAAGGGGAGUCGGAAACCAUUCAGAAAUUAUUAAGGCUAAUUAAAUCCAAACAAGCCGUCACCGAAAAACCAAAACUGCUCUCUCGAGGUAUUGCGAAUGAAAGGUUGUCAUAAAAGGAUAUCGAAGCAGUUCUCAUGUUGGGCUCUGAGUAUAAUAUUUGUAUAGAAGAUUUAAGUUUGUGAUUCAUUUUGCUAAUUCAAGUUCUAUAUAGCUCCAAUGUAACCAUAUGUUUAUUAGCUCUACCUUGCCAAUAAAGAAAGGCUGAUUUUUGGUCAAGAA